AUGUUUCUUGUCUUUGUUUAAAGAGGCCAUGGUUCAAAUCUUGGAGCUAAUAUGUUUUUAUACAAAGCAGAUAACUAAUUAUGAAGACAAAAAUACCCUUCCUCUAGUUACUCGAAAUUUGAAAUAGAGAAAAUUCAACCUAUGAAUUUGCUUUAUCAAAAAUAUCAUUUAUAGCUGAAAAGUAAAACUGCACUCCCCAUUCAAAAUUUUCUACUCGUAGAGUGAUUUUAGGAGGCUGACGUGACAAGGUGCUUACUCGAGAUUAAAUUAGAAAUCCCCGCCUGAUGGGAGAGAUAAGAAACCGUCUCGUUCCCACUACUUUUUUUUUGCUGAGAUCUCCUUACCUUUUCUCCUGGGUUUUCUACGUUUUACAUUCUCCUUCUCGCAGCACGACGAGAGAUUUAGUUUGCAGAGGACAAUUUUGGGAAGAGGGCCUGGCGUUUUGCUGCUCAGCGGAGGAAGACACUAACGGUCCGCUGCUACCGAGUUCUCCGGCGAGAAGGGGUGGUGACGGUGCGGCUCAUGAGCAUCUGCGGGAGGAAGGUUCUCGGGCACAGGUGAAGGCUGGAAACCCUAUUUUUUGUUCCCCUGCCGUCGGUGAUCGACGACCUCUUUCCCACGUCCUCCCGCCAAGGGAACACGCGCUUGUCCCCCCUACCGUCGCUCUCAACAAACGAGGAACCAGGGGUGAACCCUUCUCCAGUCAACCACCGAAUCUAAGGAUACGGGUCGUGGGAGGAGUUGCGUUGAGAGGAGCUUUAUGAUGGCUGGAAAGAAGAAGCUUCAGCUGACGACAAUGCCGGUACUCUCUUUUUCUCGACCUCUACAGCUUAUUUUCGUUCUUACCCGUUAAUUACAAGGAAUGAUGUGCUGAUUGUUUAUCUUUUAUCUGAAUCCGUUGAUUGGGUAUGCACCUAUGAAUUAAUCAUGGAGAAUAAGCGGAUACUUGUGUGAAAGCAUAUUGGUUCUGUGAUAGUAUAAUCCGAAUCAUUAAAUGUUUUCCAUUGUGUCAUAGCAUGGGGCUUCUAGCUGUGUGUUGCUGUGUUUUCGAAAGUUAGUUCGGUGAUCACAACCAAGAUAAUGAAGAGCUCAAACAAAUGGAUAGAAAUCUCUUAUUAGGACACUAAUUUCUCAUGUUAGUUGGCCACUUUCAUUGGUUCUUCUCCUAAGUAGAGUCGAUGAUAUACUUUUUCCAUUUCAGUGAUCUCAUUGAUUAAAUAUUAAUUCUUUGUUUGCGCAUUCAUGUGAUCAGUCACUCUCUCUUUCGGAUUUUAUUCUUAUCUCUACUCUCUUCCUUUCACCCACUAUAAAGCACAUAAGUAAUAAUAUUAUCUGGUUUGCUUAUAGUUAUACAAUGACUUCCAACCUCAAUUUAAUCAACCAAGGACCUCUUAUUCGUGAGAAAAAAAAAUUGGAAGUCAGUUCUCAUCCACUAAAAUUGAAAAAUCUGAUAAACGAGUGGAGGAAUUGUUAGGAACGGAACAACAACAAGAACGAGGUUACCGAAUCUGAAGCUGAGUCGCGGACUAGGUCGCUCUCUUUAAGACGUUCGCAGCACUGCCUUCGAUGCGCACGACAGACUAUCAACCGGUCGUCUCCAGGAUAAAACAGCUGCUCUCAAUACUCGCGGUUUUGUGCGAAAACCGGAGUUCUCUGAACGCUCUCUCUAUUGUGUUUAUGCUCGUUGUGAUGUGUUUAGAGGGGCUGGUGAGGCGGCUAUUUAUAGGAGUCGAACCCCUAGGAAUAUACCCUCUUGCUUGGGGAAUAAGUCGGAUUAAUUAAGAAAGAUAAUUACUUCCUUAAUUAAAACCGUCGGUUAAGAUAAAUCCUGCGGGAUUAUCCUUCGAAUAUUCCUUUUUAAUCGAUUAUCCUUAGAAUAUUCCUCAGAAUAACCAAUUAAUAAUUAAUUUCGUUCGGAAUUUCUCCAAAAAAUAUAUAUAUAGUCUCAAGUGAACCAACCAACCAACCAACCAACCAACCAAUUGAUCGAUAGGUCGGCACGCGCGCGCGUGUGGUGUUCCGUUAGGUCCUCCAUCUCCCACAAAAGUUGGUCGCCCCAAUGGGCAUGCUCUUAGGAGAGAGGCUCCUAUCUUUAUACACAUUUCACCAAGUAAAACUACCAAUGUGGUAGUUUUUCCACUUGAGACUCUAUAGCUUUCAAAGCUAUUCAUAUAUACAUUUUCAACAAUCCUCCACUUGAAUAGUUUUGAAACUAUCUCUGAGCAUCAACAGUUCCAUAAGAUCGGGCAUAAGCUAAGGUAUCGCGAAGAUUUGAACCUUAGCGUAGUGGUCACACUUCCGAUUUCAUAAGGGUGACUCGUAGUCUUGAACCCUAUCUCAGACAGUGUAGCACACCGGAUCUUUUCAUUGAGUUGUGUUCUCUUCUUAGCCCGUGCGUUUAUGUCCAUGCACGUUAUCCUCGUUUAGUGAACGCUCUAGCAACUUUGUGCCUCCAAAGUUCCAUAGGGAGCGGCCCCACUCCCACAUUCACAUAGGUGAGUCUAUCAGGAGUACCCCCAAAGUAAAGUACUCCACCCCAC